UGGCAGUCGAUUGAUGGGAAGGAGCUCGUUAUUUUCGAGGGGCAUGCCAACAUCGUUGCCUUCCUCUGUCUUUCCCCUGAUGAAAGCCAUCUUGUUAGCGCAGUGAAUAACUACACAGUUUGCAUCUGGGAUCUCAAGACCAAUCAGCCAGUCGGAGACCCACUCUUGCACGACGACGAAAUCUCGGCUGUUGUCAUUUCCCCUGAUGGAAGAUACAUUGUCAGUGCUGGAAAAGACGCAAAAGUCUACAUAUGGUGCAUGGAUGCAGCUCUUAAACAUACAGGCAAUGAUCAUAGUGCGGAUGAGAGCAAUACAAAGCCCGAUGCAAAGCUCAAGGAACGUGCGGCUCGACUGGGACAUGUACACCAAACAGUCCAGCCCAAUAACAGAGGCUUGGCAAAAUAUGGCAAGAACUUCUGGGACGCUGAUACCUCCACCGCACCUUGUCACGCAGCUCCUCCUGCGAGCUCAUCGACUUCCCUUCAUUGGCGCAGUUUAUUCGGUUCAUUGCGUUUCAGUACUCGAUCUGCAGAUGCGCCGCAAUCGAUACCGCUCCAGCCCCGGCGUUGGAAUUUCAACCUGUUUUCUGUAGGAAACUCUGUACGCACCAUUGGUGUAGCUGCCGGUCGCAAGAAAAAUGCGAGUGGCUUUCAUCGCUCCUUUUUGAUAUCAUGGAAAUUCAUCCAUUUGCAGAGAAUUGCCAUCGCCCCUCCCACUGCAGCAGAAUUGGCCGCGGCAGAAGCAGCUGCAGCUAUGCAACAUACAAAUGGCAACAAGGCCGGUAGUUCGACGCCACCAGGUCAACCUCAGGCUCUGCUGGGGACACAAGUGUCCCAAGGACGACCGACGGAAACGCAAGGUGCAGGUGGUGAGACGGGAAAGGUUUCUUAUGAAGUUAGGUGCUGCGGAUUGUUUUUUAGCUGUGGUCGUCCUACCUCGCAUCAGUCAUGAGGUGAUCUUGAAACUCUUUGUUGCUCGAUAACUUUUGCUCUUGCCUCUUGUCUGCUUUUGCAGACUGUUUUGCACCAGUUACCACAUCCGUCGUGACCUUACUUUUCGAAUCUCGUGUUGACAGACACCAGCCGAUCAUACCCAUACAAAUGAGCAAGGUGUAUUGGCAGGAAUGACUCAGAGAGGAACGAUAAUGAAGAUAUAUUGGGAGUGCACGUUGUAUUCGCAGGC